AUGGUCCGUGCCAUCAAGUGCAGAACACAAGACUUCAGCUACUGCACAGAGACCUGCCACCUUCAGAAGUUUUCUGAUGACUCUGCAGUAGUAGGAUGUAUCACUGAUGGGAAUGAGAGUGAGUACCGGACUGUGGUGGACAACUUUGUCACAUGGAGCUGUAAAAACCACCUACAGCUCAACGUGUCAAAGACAAAGGAACUGGUGGUGGACUUCAGGAGGUYGAAGGGGCCGGUGACCCCUGUCACCAUCCAUGGGGCCAGUGUGGACAUGGUGGAGAACUACAAGUACUCUGGGGUUUCUUAUGUGAAGGCCAUAGACAUCUGGAUGGCAGUGUGUCUGCUGUUUGUGUUCUCUGCAUUGUUGGAGUAUGCUGCUGUUAACUUCGUGUCAAGGCAACAUAAGGAGCUGCUGCGAUUUCAACGGCAUCAUAAAAAAGAAGAAAAGAGCAAGAAAGGGGAAGUACAUGAGAGCAUGCCAACCUCCAAAGCUGCAACGACCUCAACUCCCAGCAACAGCAAGGAUUUAAAGGCUAGCACCAACAAUUCUGUCACUGUUCUGAGCACUCAAGGAACCACAGCAAACACAACCCUGAAUCCACCAGGAGUGCCAGCGAGUGGAGAGGGUAAAAGCACUGAAGAGAUGAGGAAAUUAUUUAUUGACCGAGCCAAAAAGAUUGACACUGUGUCAAGGGCCGGAUUCCCUCUGGCCUUUCUCUUUUUCAAUAUAUUCUAUUGGGUCCUUUACAAGAUACUUCGACAUGAAGAUGUACAUAAGCAGUAGAUCCAGCAAGAGCAUAGAUUUUGUAUAUGCAGUAUGUGCACUCACACGUCUUUGUACUGCAAUAAUAUGAGAACAUUUCCUUUAUAUCCUCAUCCUUUAAUCCAAAGCUUCACCUGACCUUGAGAACCAUUCUGGAAGACGUUGAACAUAUCAAGCAUGGAUA